AUGGCCUCAUCCACCAGCAUCCCUUGUCCCGCCAGCACAUUCAUGCUCUCCCACGCCCAACUCGCCGCAAUGGAAGAAUGGGCCUUCCUUACCCACCUCCACCUCCACCGCAGCUCGCGCCCCCAAUCCCAACAAUCCUUCCUCCAAGCCCGCCAACACCGCUAUCCCUCCAUCCCCGCCUACAACUUCCAAGCCACCCUCUCCACCAUCCCUCCAUCGAGCCUUGUCCUCUUCCCAGCAUGGUGCAAAGCCCACUCGCUCGACUCGGGAAAGCACACAAGCUACGCGCAGUAUCUGAGCGAGGUGAAUCUCCUACCCUACGAAGGCGACCCCGCAGACUAUCCGGGCUUGUACCACUUCGUCUGCAUGAUUCACUGCGGGACGAACCGCUUCGAGGGGUUCGAGAGGAAAGACCAGAUGUCUGUGCGUUGGAUCUUGAACUGCUUCUACGAAUCGCGGUACUUGGCCGAUUUCGGCGGGUUGGGGGAUGUUGUAGGCGGGCGCUGGAGCAUCGUGGCGACAUUGACAAAUGACUCGGGCGAUUGUAACCGCGGAAUCCACAAAGUGCACGAGUACGCGACACCGGGCCCGGUGCGUCUGAUGAAGGUGCUGGCGUCCGAGGCGUUGUGGCCCGGUCAUUCGGCGCGGGAGAUUGGUAUAUUGGCGACGCUGCGUGGCGGGUGUGCUAAUAUCGUGCAGAGCUUUGAUUCAUACACGCCAUCAGGCAGGCAUGAUCUGCCGUGGUUGAUCAUGGAGAUGUGCAACGCGCAAUCACUGUGGAACCGCGCGAAGAAGUACUGGAAAGCCGAGGAGGACGUGCCGGAGUUGUUCAUCUGGCACGUAUUCAUCAGUUUACUCGAGGCGGUGAAGUAUUGCCACUACGGUCCUGGUGAAGAGGAUUGGGAUCCGAUAUACCAUCGCGAUAUCACGCUGAGUAACGUCCUGCUGCAUUAUCCUACAGAUGACAAGACAGGCUAUCCAGACGUCAAGCUCGCGGAUUUCGGCUGCGCUGUUACGCGCUCGGAAGCUACAGCUAAGCAGCUCAAGAUCGCUGAUAUGCCAGAGGUAUGUCCUAGUGCUAUUCCGCCCGAGGGCGCGCUGGCGGCCAAGGCCACUGACAUGUACCAGGUCGGCGCGAUCGUCAAGGAGCUGAUGGAAAAGGAGCGUAAUAGCCAUGGGCGCGCGCUUGUGAGGACGUACUCCAAGACGCUGCAGUAUCUUGCCGAUUGCUGUACGAUCCUCCUUGCAGCGAAGCGCCCGGAUGCUGCGAGUAUGCUGCGUAUUGUUCGAACGAACCGUGAUGAUUUGUUGGCUGCGGGUAGUGUUAGGCAUGAGAGGCUGAGGGGUGAGUAA